AUGAAUGAUAUUAUUAAAGAAAGAAUAGAAAAAGUUAUUCCAGGAUAUUAUGAACAGAAACAAGGAAUGACUCAAAAAGAAACAAUAUUCAACAAGAAAUUAAUUAAAUUAAAGAAAGAAUCUGAAAGAAUUAAAAUUAAAUUAAGUAAUAAAACUGAUACUGAAUUAGAUUUAGAAGAAUUAUUAUCUGAUGAUUAUGGUGAUGAAUAUGAUAUUGAUACUAUUAUUACAAGAAAAGAAUUUGAAGAAGAAUGUUACAAAAGAGGAAUAUAUGAAGAAUUUAUUAAUAAAAUAAAACAAGUUACUCAAAAAAAGGAUGUAAAAAAGGAAAUGUCCGAUUAUUGUAAAGGAGCAGCAUAUUUAGCAUAUUUAAAACGAGGAAAUUAUGCUCAUGAAGUUAUAUAUGAUAAUGUUCCAACACCAAUUGGAAUAGAAGAAGGAGGAAAAUUUGAAAUACUUAUUAAAGAAGGAAAAACCUUCCGACAAAUAUAA